AGCGCCGAACCAACUUCCCCUUCCGCGUCACUGCGCAAAUGUAACCUCACUUUGAGUGUUUUUGUGUGGAAAAAGUCCAAUUUCGUGGUGAAAAAUACCUUCCGACGCCCCAGAAGACCCCGAAAUGACCCUGGCCGGGGUGAGCGCGCACAAAUUAGCCCAGAAGAAGAGGGCGGAGAAGUUGGCAGCGGCUUUUCCGAAUGGGGCGCGCUGCCAGAAGUGUCUCGAGUACGGCCACUGGAGCUAUGAGUGCAAGUCAAAGCGCAAAUAUACUCAUCGAUCCUCCCGGACACAGCAGUUGAAGAAGAAGAUCACCGAAAUUGAGGCAAAAGCCAGCGGUUCCGGUGAACCCAAAACCAAAGCGCCGAGGCGGAAUUCCGGAGACUCCUCGUCAUCCUCGAGUGACUCUGAGCCAGACUCGUCAGAUGACACGUCGAGCAGCAGCAGCGACAGCAGCACUGAGUCCUCGAGUGACACGUCGGACAGCGAGAGUGACUCCUCGUCGUCCAGCGACUCCUCGACGGACUCCAGCUCAUCUUCGGGUUCAUCCUCGAGCCGCGGCAAGUAAAUGUUGUCUCCUUGUUUAAUUUAACGCUUAUUUGAUUGAUGUAUAAAAAGAUAUAGUCAUAAGAAAUCUCACA